AUGGAAUCUCAAAUCGACAAAUCUUUAUUGAAAGUUUUAAAUGCCAAGGCAUCUGGAACAGUAGCAAUUUUCGAUAAAGGAGAUUACUUCUCCGUGUAUAGAGAAGACGCCACUUUUUUAGCUAAUGAAGUCUUCCGUAGUGAUGUGCUGCUUAAAUCUGUUUGUUUAUCAGGCGAUGACCGCAUUCCUUAUCUUACAAUGAACAACGGUCAAUAUAAGAAAGUAGUAAGAGAACUCCUCCUUCUUCUCAGAUAUAGAGUUGAGCUCUAUGCAGCUGAAAACAAUGAAUGGUCAAUCAUAGCUAAAGGAACCGUGGGAAAUAUCGGAGAUUUCGAAGAAAUUUUGGGAGAAACUGCUGGAGCUUCCACCAUCAUGGCUGUGAAGCUUCUGGGAGGAGAAUCUAAUCACGUAAUGUUGGCUGCUUGGGACAUAGCUGAAUUGCGCCUCCUAACAACAGAAUUCAAUGAUACCCCUCACUUCUCUCAAGUUGAGAUGGCUAUCGUGGCUAUGAGCCCACGCGAGUGUAUAACUUUCCCAUCUGAAAACUCUCAACAGAAGAAAGCUUUAUCGAGUCUUCUUCGAAGGGUUCAUGUUAUGGAAACAUCAUGGAAAGAGAAACAAGCCUCAUCUUAUGAAGACAUUGCUAAUCUAUUGCACGCCGAUCACAAGAAUCUUGGAGCUGAAAUGUCUGAGAAUCUGAAGUCUGUUCUCUGCUCUCUAUACGAUUACUUGAAUAUGAGCUCGCAGACCGGAUACGCCGGAAAAUUCCGUCUGUCUGAUUUCCGAACAUCAGGAUAUAUGCACAUCGAUUCUGCUGCAGUGCAUGCAUUAGAGCUUUUUGAUUUGAACUACUUCCAAGACAAUAGUAUCACAUUAUAUGGAGUGUUAAACAAGUGUAAAACGUCUGCUGGUCAGAGAUUAUUGAGAGAUUGGAUCGCUCGUCCUCUGUGUGAUCUUCGUCUGAUUCAAGAAAGACAAGACGUAGUCACAGCUCUUAUAAACAAUUAUGAAUCGAGAAUGAAUCUUCGAGAUGGUCUUUUACCACGCAUCCCAGAUUUGUCUCAACUCUCUAGAAAAUUACUUCAAAACAAAGCGAAACUUCAAGACUGUUAUCGUCUUUACCAAUGCGUUCUCGUUCUUUACCGCUUUGAGAAAACAGUCCGUGACGUUUUUGACAGUGAAACAGAAACUGCGAAUGCUGUAAAAGAACUUUUGCUGGAACCUCUUUGUGCUUCGAUUGCGCAGUUUGAGAAGUUCAUUCAAUUGAUUCAAAGUACUAUUGAUUCUGAUUACUAUGAGAAGAAUGGCGCAUUCCGUAUUAAACCUGAGAUUGAUCCUCAACUUCUUCAAAUUUCCGAAGAUAUGGAGAAGGUUGAAGCUCAAUGUGAAAAAGCUCGUAGAAAAGUUCAUAGUGAUCUGUCUGAUGUUGAUAAUAUCAAGUUAGAGCAUACUACCAUGUAUGGUUUCGUUUAUCGUUGCGUCUUCAAAGAGGAGAGGAAGAUUCGUAGUUCUCACCACGUAACAGUUUUAGACAUCAAUAAAGGAAAUGGAGUGAGAUUCACUAAUGCUGCUCUUAAAACAUUAAACGAAAAUUACAAAGAGUUGAACAAUGUGUAUCAGUCCGCACAAGAAGAGCUAGAACAGAAGGUUAUAGAGACCUGCUCGGGUUACGCUACUUCUCUCCAAGAAUUGAGUUCUGUCCUGGCUGUGAUCGAUGUGUUGGCUUCAUUAGCUAGCGUAUCGGCCGAUUCUGCGAAUGGAUAUUGUAAACCUGAGUUACACCCCUUAGGAAGUGGAAUGCUUGAAUUAGAGAAAUGCCGUCAUCCCGUCUUAGAAACUGUUCUGAGUUCUCAAUUCAUUCCCAACGAUGUCAGCUUCGACAACUACCGUCUCGUUAUUUUGACCGGAGCAAAUAUGGGAGGAAAGAGUACUUAUUUGAGGGCUACUGCUCUUUCAGUUCUUAUGGCUCAAAUUGGAUGUUAUGUACCCUGUUCAAGUGCAAAGAUAUCUAUUGUUGAUGGAAUCUACACUAGAGUAGGAGCAUCUGAUCAGCAAACAAGGGGAAUAUCAACUUUUAUGGCUGAAAUGAUUGAUUGUGUAUCCAUUCUUGAGACCGCAACUUCUAACUCUCUCGUAAUUGUUGAUGAACUUGGCAGAGGAACAUCGACUUUCGAUGGUUUUGGUCUUGCUUAUGCGAUUGCGAAUGAUCUUCUUAAACGGGUGAAAUGCUUCUGUCUGUUCGCCACUCAUUUUCACGAAAUGGCAGAGUUGGGACAAGGAGAAGGUGCUAAAGCUAUGCAAAUGGUUGUUUGUGUAGAGGAUGGGAAACUGUCGCUCCUCUACGAAAUCAGACCAGGAGUUGCUAAAAGCUCGUUUGGUAUCCAUGUUGCCAAAAUGGUUGGCUUCAGCGAUAAUGUUGUAGAGCUUGCGGAGUCUUCUCUGAAAAUAAUGGAACACGAUGGUAGCAAUUUGACAGUUGCAAAAUUGCAGGAAUUGAAUGGUGAAGAGCUCAAGAACUUAGUUUUGAGCUGUUAA